AAUCUGAAGUCAAAAUUCAGAAACUAAAAAUGGCAGAUCCAAUAUGGUGGACGGAAAUAAAAAAAGGCUGAAUUUGAAUAAAACUUGGAACUUACGGGGUUUUGGGGUCGUUAAAUCCAAACCUAAAGUCAAAAUUUAAAAAUUUUUAAUGGCGGACGAAAAUACAAAAACCGGUUCGGUUUGGAUAAAUCUUGGUACUACUCCGUUUACUAAAUUCUACGAAGUCAACAGUAGGAUCUACUUUGCAUGGUUUAGUCUGUCCAUUCUGAAUUUUCCAAUUUUGAAGUACCAAGAUUUAUCAAAAUCGAGCUGCUUCUUAUACUUUCGUCCGCCAUUUCAAAUUUUUAAAUUUUGACUAAGGAUUCGGAUUAAGCAACCCCAAAAACCCGUAAGUACCGAGAUUAUCCAAAUUGAGCCUUUUUUGGUACUUUCGUCCACCAUGUUGGAUCCCACAUUUUGAAUGUUUGAAUUUUGACUUCGAAUUUGGAUUCAGUGGCCCCAAAAAAUCCUGAGAAAAACUUGAAUGCAAAAUCGGAGCAAGUUAAAUAGAAAAAAAUGAUUGACGCAUUUUGCGUCAAAACGAAGGGGUUAAAACGUGAAAAAAUAUAAUGGAUAGAAUAUUGUCGUAUUUCAAAGAUCAACAAAUUUUUUUUAUAUAAGCAAUGUAAAAAUAAAAAAUAAACACAAAAUCUCUAAGCACCAAAAAUGGACCUAUAAUUCGUUUCAAUUUUAUGAUCAUAACUUUUUCAAUUUUCAAGAUAUGGUAAACAGAAAAAAGUUACAUUACAUACAUGGAUAUUUAAAAAUUGCUGCUUCGAGCUCCUGGGGUCAAAAUUAUAUCGAAUAAUGUCAAAAAAGUUCAUUUCGAAAUUUAAGUUGAGACAAAUCUCUUUUUAGAGGAAGAAAAAUAAUUUAUAUAGAAAUUACAUAGACGGAAAAAUUAUAUAUAGUUUAUAUAUGGUGGGAACUUUUAUAUAUAAUAUUUAUUUGUUGUAUAUAAAAAAUUUAUCAAAUAAAUGAAUAUUCUAUAUAAUACUUCACAUCAUGUAUAAAGUAUACAUAAUAUUUCCGCCUGGGUAAUAAAGAUGAUUUAAUUAUUUACCUCUAAGAAUGUGGAAAUCCUAAUCGUAAGAUAAUUCUUUUUCAAUGUUAAAAGAAUAAUAUAUGACAGUUUUGGCCAUCAAAACCAAUUUUUAUUUUUUCUCUCAUGGUUUGUAAUUCCUAUAAUUGAAUUUUGAAAAAUAUAAUGUCAUGACAUAAUUCUUUUUAUCAUAAAAAGUUACAUAAAAUAUGAAUUUGACUAUUACAUGGUAAAUUAAUGCACACAAAUUAAUUCUUUACCUCUAAAAAUGACUAUUAGAACCGAUGUUUGAUUUUGUUGCCUCACGGCACUAUUAUGGUACAAUAUUAUGUCAUGUCCUAAUUAUUUUGAUAAUUAAAUGUUACAUAAAGUUUUAUUUUGACUAUUAUACGAUAAGCUAACAUCCUGUAAUAAAAUAAUCCAAUAAAACAUUGUUUUACAACUAGUGAACAAAAACCAGUUGUUUAGAUAUUAUCUACGAUGGUGAAAUAUAAAUUUAGGAGCUCAUUUGCCAGCAAGUCAGUCUAAGUGCAAAUUCCUCUCUUUUCGGUUUCAAAAAACUGUCAAAAAGUAACAGAAAAUCAUGAAAUCUUGCACAAUACUGUCUGGAGUUCUGGCCGUUGCAGUGAUGGGCAUAAAUGGAAAUCCUCAGCCACCUCCUAUGAAUGAAGAAAUAAAAAAAAACUUUGAUGAGUGCAGGGAAGAACUUGGAAUGACAGUUGAAGAAGAACGAGAACUUCAUAGGAAGCACGAUUUUGACAACAAAAAAUUGCGUUGCUUUCCAGCAUGCUUAAUGAAAAAAGAUGGCUUCCUCCAAGCAGGCAAAAAGAUUAAUAUCGAAAAAAUGCUUAAAGUUGAACGUGAAAGAAAUGCAGAUCAUAACCAGAAAAUAACCAAGGAUGAUCUUGAAAAAUGUGCAAAAAAAGCGGACGAAAAGGAGGAUGAAUGUGAAUUUGCUCAAAGUUUCCGUCAUUGUAUGCAUAAAACUAUGAGACAUGAACACAAGGAUUCUAAAGAAUCUGAAGAAUCUGAGGAGUCUGAGGAGUCUGAGGAGUCUGAGGAGUCUGAGGAAUCUAAGGAAGAAUAAUAAUAAAAUAUGGGAUGCGAAAUUUACCUAUAAUAAAAUCCAAAAUGGUAGUCAUUUUUAUAUUACAUUUCACUGCGUUUUCCUGGCAUCUGUUGAAAGG